AUGGCUUUCAGCUGGGAGAUUGUCAAAGAGCAAUACUGGAACCUCCCAGUGCUCGCGACCGAGGAGCAAUGCUCCGGCGGCACUUACAUCGUGACGGGCGCUAACGUCGGUCUCGGCUACGAAGCAGCGAAGCACUUCGUCGCCGCCGGAGCCAAGAAGGUCAUCUUGGCGGUGCGCGACCCCAAGACGGGCGAGGCAGCCAAAGCACAGAUCGAAGCAGCGACCAAGACAAACGAUGUCGCGGAGGUAUGGAAGCUGGACAAGUCCAGCUACGACGAUGUUAGGACGUUUGCGAAGAAAGCAAUCGACCAGCUGGAGCGCAUUGAUGCGCUGGUCGAGAAUGCAUCGACUGCUCUGGGUCAUGCAAACCAAUAUGCUCUGAAGGAAGGGCACGAGAGCUCAGUCACCAUCAACGUACUGAGCACAUUUCUUCUCGGCACCCUGCUCUUCCCGAAGAUGAUGGAGAGUGCAACGAAAUUCAAGAUCGUGCCGCAUUUCACCGUAGUGACUAGCGGUGCAGGCUUCGUUGCAAAGGAGCAGUUUGACCAAAUAAAGGAUGACCCUUUGGUAAAGAUGGAUGACGAGACUCCGGGUAUGACAAAUAGAUAUCCCUUGACGAAGCUCGUUCAGAUCUUUGCAGUCCGCGAGCUUGCAAAGCUGCUCCCUGUAUCACGAACGGGGGUUGUCAUCAAUUGCGUCUCGCCUGGUGUUUGCAAAACAACCCUUUCCCGAAAUGCAGAUCUUGCGUUCAAGAUCCAGCUGCGAAUAAUCCAUCUGAUCAUGGGCAGAACAGCCGAGAUGGGGAGUCGCACACUUCUGCACGGCGCGGUCGCUGACGAAGAAAGCCAUGGAUGUUAUCUCGGGAGCUGCUAUAUCAGGGAGCAUCAGCUCGCGCCUUGGAUUGUUGACGAGGACGGGCAGCAAGCUCAGAAGCGUAUUUGGAGUGACAUUGCCAAGGAGCUUGAGGCGAAAGAACCCGGUUGCUUGAAGAAAAUCUCGUAA